ACGUCUGACGCGAUCCAGCAAUGUUUGUUUUCGAGCGCUAUGACCCACAGAGGCUUUCUCCCAGAUUAUGCGAAUCGGCAUUUGAAGUCGGGAUAAAGAAUAUAAGGCUUGAUUAUAGCGUGUUUCCUGACCUAGCAACCUUCCCCAGAAAGCCGAGGUUCGCGGGGUGAUUGCGGGGCAAUAAGUCAAGUCUAUCUCAACCGUCUUUCUUCUUUUCUCUUUGAUGCAUGAAGGAUUUCCAAGGCUGCUGCUACCGAAAGCUUAUUCUGUUGUUUGCAUCGGAAAUAUCUUGUUGAGUUUCUCAUAGCUGCUGCUCCCGAACAAUAUAGUGUAAGUGGACUUGACUAGCACACAAGCGUGGUAGAAGCAUUGUAAAGCAAAACGAGCAGGAUCUGGCCUAGACUUCAUUCAAGAGAGUUUACUGAUCGGCAACGUAGUCACUUUUCGUUCAUUGAGUCUAUUCCGAGCGUCGAGUGGCUACGCAAACUCUUUGACAUUCAAAUACCACAACAAUAUUGUCUCAACAAUUACGGCCUUGACUCAAAAUGUGCGACUUCUCCCAGUAUGGCGGCCCAAGCGACGAAUGGCUCGCAGUUGAAAAAACCAUCCCGCAGAACCUUUUCGGCAUCGACGCCGAUGUCAACGCAGUGAAGAAGGCGAACAACGAUCGACGAGAGAACACCGCUGCUGAAGGACUAAAACCUCUUGCUUCCCAACUCAAAAUCGAGACUUACACGAUAUCCACCCGCGACGGAUCCACCAUAGAAGCCCGCAGCUACCGUCCUCUAGCCAAAAGCGCAGAAGAGAAACUACCAGUCUGCGUGCACUUCCACGGUGGAGGAUUCUUCUUCGGCACUCUUUCCAGCGAAGACGCCGUAUGCGCCGAUCUGGCGUUGAAAACCGGAGUCAUAGUGUUCAACGUGAACUACCGCCACACGCCUGACUUCGCUUUCCCGACUGCGUGGCUCGAUGCGCAAGAUGCGUUUGCGUGGCUACAUGCUAAUAUCUCUACUCCAGCUAUCAACGGCGAUCCGUUGAAAGUCAUCAUCGAGGGCGUUUCGGCGGGUGGGCAGCUCAGCGCGAGUCUGGUGCUUGAGAAGCACUUGGGUAAAAGCGAUGUUCUUAAGGACCUGCCUCCGAUCGCAGGGCAGAUUCUCAUGAUUCCGGCUCUUGCGUGGAUUGGGACAUACGACGAAGGACCUUUGAAGAAGAUAGUGAGCCCUGAGAAGUCAUCUCUCCAUGAGAAUGCGAAUGCGCCGAUCCUACCGCGCAACGUGAUUGACUGGUUCAUGGGUAUGUUGAAGGUCGAUCCUCCUCCACCCGUGGAUGAUACAAAGCUUAAUAUUGUUAAUGCUACUAUCGCUGAGACGAAAGGCUUACCGCCUACUGUUAUCGGUGUUGCUGGUCUAGAUCCUUUGAGGGAUGAGGCGCUGCUCUAUGGGAAGACUUUGGCUGAAGCGAACGUACCUACCGAUAUUCGAUUGUUCAAAGGAGUUCCACAUGGAUAUCGGAGAUUUGGGGAUGCGCUGGAAGUUAGUGCUGAUUGGGAUCGCUGCAUUGAAGAGGGUGUUGCAUGGAUUCUGGGGAAUCCGCAAGCCACGGGCAAGUUUGAUGUCAAGGUUUUAUAG